CAGAGCUUCGCCGUGCGUCGCGCAGGACGCACGUGUUCACUGCUCACUCCGGGCGUUUCGGAAAAAGUUCAUUUUCGUUAAGUGACUGUGACUUGUGCAAAAAUUGAUAUAUUCCACACACAAACUCUUAUAAAAUAAAAUAAAUUAGCUCAAUAAAAUUGUUGAAAUAACCAAAAGUUUGCACGCAACGAGUUUGACAUUAGAAAAAAAAAUGAUCCGUCAUUAUCUGUGGUUCGUUUGCGCGGUAAUUUUGACAAGUCGGUGUGGCGCGAAUUACUGCAGAGACGCGAAUCUGUGUUGCCCGGGCCGGGAUAGCUCGUGUGUCGUACAGAAAGCACAUCAAAAUGCAAUAAUUGAGGACCUGACUGACAAACCGUGUUAUUGCGAUCACGCCUGCUUGAAAUUAGGCGACUGCUGUCCAGAUUUCCGGGAAACGUGUGGAGUUCUCGAUUGCGUGGUAUCCAGCUGGGGCGAGUGGUCAGAAUGCGACACAUCUUGCGGGUCUGGCAGCAUGGUCCGCAGCAGAACAGUUCUGCAGGCAGCCGCGCACGGUGGGAGACACUGCCCAUCGCUGGUGCAGCGGCGAGCGUGCCAAGCACACCAUGGCUGUACCGCUGAUAGCGAUGUGCCUUUACGAGAGGAGACAGCAAUGAUCCUACCAGGAGUUUUAUCCCUCAGUCGUCAUUCCAACGACACUGUGGAUAUCAGGAAGAACUUACGGCUAAGGAAUCCAGAUGAUCCUGAAUCGAACGCACAUAGAGAGUACUGUGUGCAAUUUGAGGUGGUGAAGGUCUCAAAGGCGUGUCACACUGACUCCGACUAUAAAGCUUUAAGAGAAGGUAACACAAUCUGCGUAAUGUGCGAAGCGGCAGCUCUCAAGCGCGAUCUCAAGUGGCGCUGCAGCGGGCACGGUGUGUCGGGCCACGCAACUCGCUUCUAUGCGCUCGUGGCCCCACACUGUCAUGGGAAAUGGGCACGAGCGCAGACGCUUGACAAGCGGAGCGAUUGUUGCGCGAAUCCCGACUUUAUCUUCGUGUAGAUAUAGUCUAAUUUACAAUACUGAAGAAGGGAAGGGGUUACAAUACUGCUGGAUAUCCGACUUCCAUGAGAAUAACUCGUGGAAUUAGGACUUGUAUUACGCUCUCGGUAGGAGCGGUUGCUGUGCAAUUCCGACUUUAUCUUUAUGCAGAUAGAGCGCGUUUUAUAAUAUUCUGAUACUAUUGAAAAGUUGAGCGGCUUCUGCGCAAAUCCCGAGUUUAUUUUCAUAGAGAUAAGAGGCGUUUUACAAUACACUUGAGAAGUGCACGAAUUUCGACUUUAUUUUCAUGGAAAUAGGACACGUAUUGUCGCGUUUGUUCGCGAUACUGUCGGUAACAAGUGCAGCGGCUGCUCAAAUCUCAACUUUAUUUUCAUGAAAAUAAAAUGCGUUUUACAAUAGCAUCAGCGUUAAGAGCCGUGGCUGCUCGAAUUUCAACUUUAUUUUCAUUUCAAUAAAGCGUGUUAUACGAUACUCUCAGUGUUAUGCGGAGCGGUGCUCAAAUCUCGACUUUGUCUUUAUGUAAAUAGAGCACAUUGUACCGUACUUGUUAUGUAAUAUUUGGUUGUAAUAAAAUGUUUGAUGUGACUGUGUUUUAUUUGAUCGGAACGUUAAAGAUGUAGAGAUGUCUACACGCAGAUGCAAAUAUUUUAUAUAAUGCAGGUUUUCUUCAAGUAGUGACUCUUUUUAUCUGCAUUUUCAGUUGCUUUUUUUUGUAUUAUUAUACAGGGAGUUUCCCAUUAUGUGUAGUUUAAUCAACGGAAAUUAUAGUGUUCCAGACACUAAUUACGUAAAAAUACAUAAAACAAUACAUAAAAAUAAUUAUUUGUUUUUUUCUUAAACUGUGCGUAAAUUCUUUGUUUCGUGCGUCCCACUUUAGGGUGUUUACAUAAAGUGCAAAUAAAAUUGUUAAUGUCACAAGUAUUUUUACGUAAUCAAUGUCUGAAAAACUAUAUGUUACAUUGAUCAUAGUAAACACAAUCUACCCCCAAUACUUUGCAUUAUACAUAUCAAACCAUAUAGUUUUGUUGAUUUACCUUUUUCAAUUACUUUAAAACAUUUUAUCAUACUCAAUCACCAUAAUCACCAACAUAUAGGUUAUUUUAAGUGGUUAUAUAUAUAUACAAUAGAUUCAACAUACUAUGCAUUUAACAGACAGAUUAAUUAUUAUGUGAUCUUAAUAAAUCAUAUCUUGAUACGUUAGUAUAUUGCUAUCUGUUAUCUAAUAUUCAUUGCGAAAUUAAUUACUGUAUGAUAUGAAUUGUAUAGUAUAUUGUAUAUGGUUGUUUUGCUGAUUAAAAUAAUUUUGGUUUCACUUCAAAUCAAUCAAUAUUUUAAACAAAUAUUUGGUGAGGAAAUUAGAGACAUUUCUCAGUGCCAUAAUAUGGAUGUAUUAGUUUAUUAUAAAACUUUAUCGGUCAGUGUAUUUUAGUUUUAAAAUAUAAAGAUUUACAUUAUCUUAGUUUAUAAGGAAUACUCGCAAUAGGUAGUUAUAGUUUUUGACUGAAUGAAAGUUAAUUUUAUUUGUAAAAAAUGUCUCAUUUUAUCAUACAGUAUGGAUACCGCUUAACUCUAUUUUGAAAUAUAGGGUGACUCUCAUUUUUAAAUUUAAAGAUUAGUACAUAAUAUUAUUAUGUUUAUUGAUAUUUUAUGGCAAUGAAUUCAAGCGUAUUCGUUGAUGUAGAAAAUUACUUUGUUCUUUUUAUUAACUUGCAUCUGAAGGCACUUUUAAACGUAAUCUUUUGUAUUUAAUGUUAAAUACGGUUUAAUUAUAAAAUAAUAUUUUACUUAAACAUACAUAUAUGUAUAACGUCACAUUACGUCUAUAGAAAUAAUAGAUUGUGAAUACAUAUCUAAUGAAACCCAUGUAAAUAAUUAUAGUUCUUAGGAAUAAAUUACUUUAGCUAAUAAAUAAUUAUGCAAAUUAAA